AGUGUUAUGUUUAUGAUUGUGCCUUCAGGUAAAGCAAAAACGUCGUUUCACACGCUGCCUUCAAUUUGGAUUAAAAUAAAAGCAGUAGUUCUGCAGAACAUAGAUCAACAUCUACGGUACCGGCUAUCUCGAAGCAUUUCUGCCCCAAAAUUACCAUCGAAACUGCUUCUUACAUAGACACAAUGGAGCGUAAUCACCGUGAGGAUCAGUGUAAUGAAAUCGAAGCACUAGAUUCGAUCUACUGUGGUGAGCUGGAGUUGCUAGCAACCGAGCCACUGCAUCGGUUCAAGCUGCCAAUCGCAACCACUGAGUACGAUACGGAAGUGGAGACUGAUGGACUAUCCUGCAAGCUUAUCUUCAGUUACACCGAAACGUAUCCGGACACAGCCCCGUUAGUGGAAAUAGAGGAUCCCGAAAACUUCCGCGAUGGCUACGAAGAGGGAUUACUUGAGCACAUUCAACAAACGAUCCAAGAAAAUCUAGGCAUCGAGAUGAUUUUCUCAUUGGUAAGUUCAGCCCAAGAGUGGUUGAACUGUAAAUACGACGAGCUGAAGAGCGAGGCGGAAAACGAAAAACUUGAAGCCAAACGGCGUGUGGAUGAAGAAGAGAGGAAAAAGUUCGAAGGAACCCGCGUUUCGGUGGAAUCGUUUAUGGUGUGGAAAACCAAAUUCGAGCUGGAGAUGGGAAUCACAGAAAAACGAGAGAAGAUACAUGGGGAAGUUCGGAAGCUCACCGGCAAAGAGUUGUUCCUACAGGAUAACACACUGAACGAGUCGGAUUUGAAAUUCCUGAUGGACGCUGGCGAACCAAUCGAGAACGUUCGGAUUGACGAAUCGCUCUUCCAAAACAUCGAAGAUCUUGAGUUGGACUCGGAUGAAGACGAUGAUGAUGAGGACUAUGUGCCGGAUGAGAAGUGAAUCAAGCACUUAUUGUACCGUUGUCUGUUUCGUUUUUAUCUUUACUUGCUAAGGAACCAAAAUAUAUGGAUGUAUAUUUACGGUGAAUUCGUUGAGAUUCAGUCGAAAUAUAAUGCAUCGUCGAAAUAA